AUGGCUCUUGUGGAACCACGACAAAUCAAAAUAGGAAGUAAAAGCCCCCCGUUUGGCCAAAAGGGGAGACCAUUCAGACCACUUGCGGAGCGCGGGUGUUCUACUACACGGUAUACAGGAAAGACUAUUACAGACGCCACUCAAAAGGAACCACUUACACAACACAGUUGGCAAAAUGCAGUCGUUGGUCGAACACCACCAGGACACUUUUUUAUACAAAGAAAGAACAAGUCGAACUCUCCAGUGGCACCAUCUUCUUUUGAUAUUGACGACACUUAUUCAUUGGAGACAUCCCCAAAGCCACAUUCUUUUUUCGAAGGUGGGAUGCCUGGAAUGAAAAAGAAAAACGACGAAUUGAUAGCAAAGAGUCAAACGGUGGUGUUGUCCGACACUGCAAAAGAACAGAUUAUCCAUGAAAGCCAACAAAAGGAGUUAAAUAGAACAUCAAUGCGUCUCUCACUGACAAAGAAGAGAAGUUACUUGUCCUUCGUUGCAACGUCUGGAAAGCCACAAUUGAUGAUGCCAAAGGUACGCUCCAAUACACAUGAAGUGACAAAACAAAAGAACUCGAAAGUUCAACUCCAGGUACUUGAAGAUCCUCUUGUACAGACAAUGAAAAGCUGUACCACCACACAAAGCUCGGUGUUCGAUUUCUAUUCUGCCAACUUCAAUAACGGCUUUUUCUUCAUGGAAAUGUGA